GGCAGGGGUGUCCAGAGAGGAGUCAUGUGCUCCAAACAGUCGACUGUCAUAGAGCUCGACACGCUGGUGUGGAUGUGCUCCAGCAUCGGAACAUUGUCACAUGCGUCAACUAGUGUAGUUGAUUGUGCACACUUCCUGAACCACUGACGCAUUAUUUCCCCCCAGCAUGGCCAUGAAGCUCAGCUUGGCAUUGUUCUUUGCGGGUCUGUUUGGGGCCUUGGCGGUGGUCUUCAUCCUCCUCUCAUUCGGAACUGAUUACUGGCUGCUGGCCUCCGAGAGUUGCCAUCCACCUUCUGAUGACGAUCGCAACGCUGGGGAGCAUGGUGAUAUUUUGGCAAAGAACGUCACCAGCUGGGUCACUUUCUACCAUGAGGGCUUCUUCUGGAGGUGCUCUUUUGGGGGCAGUGUGGAAGAAGAAGACUUGCAAUGGACAGUUUGGUUCACAAAUCAGCCUUACUCCAAAGUGUGCAUCCACGCCUACCUUUUCCCAUUCCCAGUGUCCCAUCACACUCACAACGCCACGGCCUAUGAAUCCGCCAUAAUCUACAGAGGCUUCUGGAGCAUUUUCAUGCUCAUCGGCGUGGCGGCUGCGGUGCUCGCUGGUUUCAUCAUCAUCUGCGCUGCCCCCUUUGCCAGCCAUUGCUUGUACAAAACGGGAGGUGGCUUCUUCCUGGUAUCUGGUUUCUUCCUGCUGUGUGCGGUGGUGAUGGAUGUGAUCUGGACCGAGGUGUUGGACGUGGUGGACGUCUACGUGAACUACCAGCGUUCCACCGUGUGUUCAGAUUUCCAGCUGAUCCUCAACUACGGCCUCUCCUUCAUCUUCGCUCCCAUCGGCAUCUUCUUCUCUCUGUUGGCCGGCCUCCUCUUCCUCUUGAUUGGCCGAGCGAUCAGGAUCCACUAACUGUGAGGAAUCAAAAGGGAAAUGCGUGAACCAUUUAGAGUUCAUGAACUACAGUACUGUGCAAAAGACAUAUAGAGCUAGAAGGUCAGUGCUACUUCCUUGUUCAUGGAGAAGUCAUAGACAGUCAAUUGAUAGUGUGGCAGGCCUAAAAAAGCAUCUUUUUUUUUUCAAUCUGUGAUACAUCUUCUUUAUAGAUUUAUAUUAUUUUUUAAAAUGUCAACAAAAAUAAUCAGAAGAAAGUUUUCUUUAGCCUUUUUACGACAAAAUAAAGUCCAAAAUUAAAAGCAGAAAUUAAUUGAUUGAUUGACACUGUUAGAGAGGUAUAAUUUAACAGAUCUGAAUGGUGAUCAUUAAUAUUCUUGAGGGUGGACCGUUAUUUAUUUAAAUGUAUCUGGUCAUUUAUCAGCAAUCUAGGAGUGGGCAAACAAUUGUUUCCAAUUUUAAUCUUCCUCCUCGGACGGUUAUUGUGACUUGUCUCUAUUUUGUUGCAUCAAUUGAAAUCCAUUGCUUGAAAAUGGUACAUCCCAAUGUAUUUUUCUUUUGUCAAUUCAUUUAGGACAUUGAAUAAUUUCUUUAAUUUCUUUCUUUCAGUUUUUAAUGUUUUGUGUGCAAUAUGCACUUUCAUAUAUAGAACCUUUUUCCUUAAAACAAAAGAUAAUUAGGCCUUUAAGCACAAGAGUUUGCCCAGCCACCCUUGCUCUUUAAAAUUUGGAUCAACAUUUUAGCUGCUAUCUACAAUAAGUCAAAAUAACUGAUGUGAAAAAUGAAAACAAAGUUAGUCGUGAGGAUUGACCCAAGACUUUUGUACAGUACAUGGUUCUUGGUUUAUUAUAUCAGGAUAUAAUAGGACACAUUCAGUACCCACCGUAUUUCCCCUUUUAUAAUGUUUUUCACGUAAAUCUAUUUUUUUUUUACAACAGCAUUAUCGUAGGUUAGUGAUAGACUAGCCGCGUGCGUACAAAUUCAACUUACGUUGCUUAUUGGAAUGGAAUCCUGUCGUAAAAAAACCUCCUGUAGUAAGCAUCCAAAGGAUUCUCUUCAAAUGUGUGUUUUAUGUGAUGGCAGCCUCUCACAGUGAACACCAAACGUUGGUUUAUGUCUGUUUAUUAAUUUACAAAGCUGUUAUAACAUCACUAUUGCCUAAAUUAAACAUGUUUAUACGACUUUUA